AAAAAAGAGGUCCUCCCUUUGGGACAACUCUCACUUUCGGCAGCAGUAGCAGCACAACGGGACUGGCGCUUUGAUUUUAAUUUAAAUUUUUUCAUCCGCGGACAGUAAUCAAGCAGCAGUCAUGAUAAGAAACGAGGUUUUCUCCUGUUUUGUUUUCUACGCCGUCCUCCUGGUGAUCAAAAUGUACACUAUCGCGAUCAUAACGGGACAAGUGAGGCUGCGGAAAAAGGCUUUCGCCAACCCAGAGGACGCGCUGAGACACGGAGGGUUGCAGUUUCACAGAGAGGAUCCCUACGUGGAAAGAUGCCGGAGGGCUCACCUCAACGACUUGGAGAACAUCCUCCCUUUCCUCUUCCUGGGGGCCAUCUACUCCCUGACCGGACCUUCGCUAACUGUGGCUCGCCUUCACUUCCUCGUGUUUUUUCUCGCGCGUGUGUUGCACAGCCUGGCCUACCUGUUGGCCAUGCAAGCGCCCACCCGUUCCCUGGCCUACACCGCCGCACAGGUGCCUUGUGUUUCCAUGGCUGUGCAGAUCCUGAUGUCAGUGGCAUCCUUCGCCUAGUUUUCAAAGACGUUGGGGGUGAAGAGAAGUCAAAAGAUCAGUCUUUGGACGCCCAUUCAUGACCUAUGUCAGAGAGGGUUAACUACGGGUUCCUGUAGAAAGACAGUGGGAGUGCAAUAUAAGCUGUUGGAUUACGCCUGAGGUUUUAUUUUAUUUAAGUUUUUUUUUUUAAGUAAGAUCCUGUCAGUAUUUUUAUUGUUAUGCUUUAAAAAAUGUGACAAUGUCUCAACAGAUUUUGAAGUACAACGUUUGGCGCCAUAGACUUUACUGAUGUAUCUAAAAUACAAAUGAAGUUUGAUGCUGAUUUUUUUUGGUUUUAACAGAAAUUUCUUGAAAUCUAUUGACUCGAGGCCACUUUGGGAUAUUAUCCAGCUCUACGUUGAUCCGUAACCUCUCCCGUGUUUACACUAAACACAGAACAUCAUUGGUGUGGUUUUGUACACUUAUGGUGGCUUAGUCUGUUUCCUGCGUAGGUGUGCCGACUGUCAUGUUAAGCCUUGUUUGAAUAUUGCAUUCGCCAGUAAUGAAACGGAACCUGACUGAUGAGGUGUCGAAAUAUCAAAUGGGACUCACCUACAACUUCUCUUGUUUAAGUCAAACCCAUCUCCCUUAAAAGGACUGAAACAUGAAAGUGUCUCAACAGCCGGCAAGAACAUAAAAAAGAAAUCUGUGAAAAUGUAUCCUGAGGUUAUCCUUAAGGUUUUGUAACUAAUUUAUUACUCGUACUUUAGCUAUGCAGACUCAUCAGUGGAUAUUUUUUUAGGUAAUAAAACAGUUCAUACCCUG